CUCAGGGAACAGAACACAGACAGAGCUCAGGCAUAUGUACUGCUGAGUUACCUGUCAGGUGAGUCUGAUCCGAAAAUAAAACUGCAGCAUUUACAUUUUAUGAAAUCACAUCUGCAAAGCGAGUUGUCUACUGAACUCUCUGAACUGCUGACAAAUUAUGAAAACUCUGAUAUUGAUUGGAAGGAACUUGAAAAUGAUCUGCAUUUGAUAGAAUCAGGAAUGUAUCAGGUAGUAAAUAUUAUGAAGGGUGAUGUGAUAAAUGACUUAGUGAGGGUAUGUCAGGAAGCAACAGAAUGCAUAAUAAAAGAAGAUAAAACUGAAGACCAUUCCUCAGAGAUACUCACAACACUUGAAGCAGAUUUUAAAAAUAAUAAGUUUCAUAGUUUGCUCCAGCGACUUGGUCUGCAGCAAUUCUACCCUAAAAAAAUGACUAAGCAUCAUGUUCUUACUAUUGACAAAUCAGUAAUAUGUGACAGACCACCUCAAAAUGAGCAGGAACUGCCGUUAUUGUACUUAAGGGGAUUGAUUAUGCUAGAUUACCGUACAAGGUACCUGAUUUACAAAGGUGAUAGUACAGCAGAUACAGCCAUGACAGACACAGAGAAAACUUCAAUAAAUAUCGACGACUUCUUAGGUGAUAACAGCACAGGAAAUAAUACUGUUAAUAUACGCAAGCAAGAACACAUACAUCCCAUGGAUAUUCAGAUGACAGUUUUUCAUUGUUCUGAUGAUUUUCUGAGACAGCACCUCUUUACAAAAAUGUCAUUGUGUCAGUAUGCAUUACCCCUGCUGGUACCUAAUCCAUUUACCUCAAAAAUAGAAUUUCCUCUGUGGUCAUUCCAUCAAAUUAAAAAAAAUUGGCAAUGUUUGAGCUCCAUUGGAGAUGAUAAACACAUUAUGAAGUACAAAGAUAGUUACAUUUCUUCAGCUAGUUUACCCCUUGUGUCAUUUGUAAGGGUUGGGAAUUCUUUGUCUUCCAAGUCACAGAUCUUAAGUAACGUGAUAAGUAGACAGAAACACAAUGUGUUUUUCCAUCGGCACUGCAGCGGUAGCAGCCCAGAUGUGUGUUUAAUGGAUGGGGUUGUUGAAAUUGCCUGGUAUUGUCCUGGUGGCAGAGGGGCUGAUAUCUUUGACCACUGUGUAGCAUUUACAAAUCUGCAUGGUGAUGCUCUAGAACAUGAUCUGCAGUUUAAGUUUCUAGAUGAGAUAGCAGCUGUCCACGUUGUCAUGGUGUCCGUAUCAGACUGCACUGAGAAGGGUAAGAUGUUUUUGCAGGACUUGCUUAAUUCAGUAAGGCCACUUAUCCUCCUUUGUACUGAUAAAGAAGUCAUCACAGGAGGAAUCUCCUCUACAAAAGUAAAAAUUGCAGCCAAAAAUCGUAAUGAGACAGAAUUUAUUGAUGAACUGAUUGAAACACUAAAACGUUUUCUAACCCUCACAGAUCAGUCUUGCAGUCUUAAUAGCUGUUCCCAUAUUGCCAAGAAUCUAGGUUUUGUAGUUGAUGAAGAUGACAGUGAAUGUAAACAGGGCAAGGAGAUGGCAGCAAAGAUGCAGAAUAUUUUAAAAGCUGACAAACUUUCAGUUAUGAAGGAGAAAUAUGUGCCCCUUCAAGGGGACCUCUGGCACCAGUGGUGCAGGAAGAACAAGGAGCUUCAUCACUUGUGCAGCAAAGAAAGAAAAAGUAUCGAGCAGUACAGAAGUGAAAUUGAAUCUGCAAAAAAGUCCAUUCGAGCUCAGCAACUAGAAAAAGCAACUCCACUUAAUGCACUGAUGGAAUCACUCAUUCAAGCUCUAACUUCACAUCAGGACAAAACAAAAAAGUACUUUUUGCAGUAUUUAACAAUAUUUUUGGAUAAUUUGUCUUCAGCUCCCUUAACAGAGCUUCAGCAGAAAUAUCACAGGUGUUGGACAAAAAUACUAGAAUACAAACAAAGUAGUGAAAAUUCACAGGCUUUGGCUCCAUUACAAGAAGAACUGAAUGAGAUAGCAACUAAACUAAAUGCCUCAUCGUUUGGGCUUGAACAUCUCUUUAGAGAAAUAGGCCAGCUCUAUGAAGCUGUGGAGGAAGCUACUGACAAAGCUAAAUGGUUUGCUUUUUUGCCUGAAAUUGCAGUGGAUAUGAUGUUAUCUGGGUACCCAAUUGAACUGAUGGAUGAUGAUGCAGCACAUGUUCCGUUAAAAUGGAUUGGCGCGGUUCUUGACAAACUCAUUGAGAAAACUGGAGAUAAGAGGCUGUUUGUGCUUUCUAUAUUAGGUGUUCAGAGCACAGGGAAAUCCACUUUGUUAAAUGCCAUGUUUGGGCUUCAGGAUUCUGUCAGUGCAUGUAGAUGCACCCGGGGAGUGUUCAUGCAGUUAAUUAAACUAGAUGACUGUCUGAAAUCAGAAAUGAGCUUCGACUUUGUUCUUGUUGUUGACACAGAGGGUCUUCAACCUCCAGAGUUAAGUAACACUGGAUUAUAUCAUGAUAAUCAGCUGGCUACCUUUGUUAUUGGACUGGGAAACAUGACCAUUAUAAAUAUUUUUGGAGAAAAUUCUUCUGAAAUGCAAGACAUUCUUCAAAUUGCUGUUCAGGCAUUUUUGAGGAUGAAGCAGGUAAGACUAUCACCUAGCUGUCUGUUUGUACAUCAAAAUGUAGGAGAUGUGACUGCAAGAGGCAAAAACAUGGAAAGAAUGCUUGACAAACUUGAUGAAAUGGCAUGUAUUGCAGGAAAACAGGAGCAGUGCAAUGUUACAUGUUUUAAGGAUGUGAUUCAGUUUGAUGUAAAUCUGCACACCUAUUACUUUGGUCACCUGUGGGAGGGGGAUCCACCAAUGGCACCCCCUAACGCAGCCUAUAGUCAAAGUGUCCAAGAUCUUAAAAAAGUGUUGUUUACCACAGCCCAGCAAUGCAGUAACUCUGGUAUUUUAAAAAUUUCUGAAUUAAAGGGACAUAUCCAAGACCUCUGGGAGGCACUGUUAGCAGAACACUUUGUUUUCCAUUUCAAAAAUACACAGGAAGUAGAAGCAUACAGCAAACUGGAAACAAAGUAUAGACAAUGCACAUGGCAGUUAAGAAAAUGCAUGCUUGAUGUAGAAAGUAAACUGUACAAUCAAACUGAAAAUGGCAUACUUGACAGUAUAAAGAAAACAGACAUUGAAAACCAAGUACUGGAAACAUAUGACACGUGUCAAAAAGAUAUUACAACAUUUGUUGACAAUGAAAACAAUCGAGAGUUACUAGUUCAGUGGAAAUCAAAACCUGAACUAAAAUUACAGAAACUUAAAAAUGAUCUAAUUAAAGAUGUUAAACAUAAAUGUGAUGAAUUAGUAAAGCUAAAACAGGGCUGGAAAAAAUUAGAUGAAAAAAAACCUGGAUAUGACUGUGAAUUAUUAAAAAGAAGUAAACAGUUGGCUUCAGAACUAAAGGACAAAGCAUUAGAAAAAUCUGAACUAGAGAAGGCUUUUCAAACUUUAUGGAGUAGAUGGAUUGCUGAGGUAGCCUCUAAUAAGUCAGAGGAUAAAAAACUUGACAUUCCUGUUGAUAUAGAAACUGCUUUGUUUGACAAAUUUGAAGACAAAUGUAGUUUGCCUGGAAAGGUGUUUAGAUCUAAAAAUGAGCCUUUUCAGAUUGAUUUUAAAAAACACAUCAUAAUGAAAGAUUAUAUGCCAUUUAUAAAACAUAAAUUAGGGCAGAAUGACAAACGAAAUGCCUCAAAUUAUACAGACAGAAUAAUUACAGAAGUCUGCAUGUACAUUAUGAGUAAAGAAAAGCUGAGACUUGACUACAGUCUCAGCUAUAUUUAUGAAAUAUUACAUACCAUUUCCAGUAUGAUAACUGACUUUGACACCAAAGAAAAAAGGUUUAUGUUCUCGAAUGACUAUAGACUUGAUUUAUCCAUAUACCUUUGUUUUGAUGCAAGAGAAAGAUUUGAGAAAAUGCACCAGAUAUUUAAAAAUAUUAAUGAUCCAGUCACAUACCUUCGGCAAAAUAGACAGGAGUAUUUCAACAAUUUCAAUAGUUUUUACAAAGGAACAUCAGCCACCGUUACAUUCACUUAUCUUCUAGUCAACAAAUUAAAAUCAGCAAUUCUACAGGCUGCUUAUGACAAGACAGCUAUUGAUAUAGCAGAAGAAAUGAGAUCUGUAGAUUCAGCUUUGAGUGGCAAUAGAUCAAAAUUGGAAACUCAUAUUCUCUUUGUCCUUGCAGAGAAAGAAAAUUUUGAAUGGUUUAUGAAAUAUAUUAGUUCACCCAAGGAGCUAUUUGAAGAAUUUAUUAAAGAAAACAUAGAUGCAUAUUGUUUUAGCAGUAGUACAACAUCAAAACUGAAAAGCUUUCGAAUUUUCAACCUUGAAAAAACAAAGAAAAGCAUCUUAUUCAGUUUGGAUAAAGCUGUCAGCAUUGCUAAAGACAAAAAUGACAUGUCAGUUUUGCCAGAUGAGCUCUGUAAACAGCUUGAUGAUUUAAUCACUCUUCCCCCAAAUGUUGUUACAAGUGUUGUAAAAGGGGAUGACUUAACAGACAUUAGAGACUUUGAUUUCUUCAAAGAAUCUUUAAUCACAACUUUAGAAAAUGAGAUGAAAAGGUUGAAUGAUGACAUUCAGAAAGGGUCUCUUGUCACUAUGGAACAUCCUAGGGAAAAGCUGAAUGAAAUUCUUAUUAAAGAACUGACUGGAUGCUGUGAACAGUGUCCUUUCUGUGGGGCUGUUUGCACAAACACAAUCCAAGGACAUGAUGGAGAUCACAGUGUGCAGUUUCACUGCCCUCGUGCAGUGAUAGGAGGAAAAUGGUACAAAACUAAUCAUUUUAACACAAAUAUUUGUUCUACUCUUGUUGCAAGUGACUGCUGUUUGGUCCUUGAUGAAAACAAAAUUGUACCAUUCAAGGAAUAUCGAAAUGUAGGGCCUAAAUACAAAGUAUGGAGCAUUACUUCAGAUUCUUCAACUCAACUAUACUGGAAAUGGUUUGUAAGUCAUUUUAGGGCAAAUUUAGAAAAACGGUAUAAUCUAGUAUUUCAAGGCGAUGAUAAAAUUCCAAAUGAAAGGGGAAAAAAUUUCAAAAGAUGA